GGGAGGUGCGCCUUGGUCGCCUUGGUCCCGGAAGCGCGCACGGUGAGGGGCGUGCGGGCGGCGGCCAUGAGCAAGAGGAACCAGGUCUCCUACGUGCGGCCGGCCGAGCCCGCCUUCCUCAGCCGCUUCAAGCGGCAGGUCGGGUAUCGGGAGGGCCCCACGGUGGACACCAAGAGGGAGCAGCUUCCCCUUGCGGAUGAUGACAGUGACAACGGCAGUGACAGGGAAGAUGAGCAGCCUCAAGUGGUGACACUGAAAAAAGGGGACUUGACGGCCGAAGAAGCAAUGAAAAUUAAACAGCAAAUCAAAGAGGCCUUAAAGUCGAACGAAUCAGAUGAUGACCCAGAACCUGCUGAUGGAAAAAUUAUGUUCAGGAAACCAGCCAAACGUUCAUCAGAGAAGUGUUUGGACUUCAAUGUAAGUUCAAGUAAGAAGAUGAAAGAAGCAAAGAAAACUAAGAGGGAAGCAACUACUUCUCAGAGUACAGCUAAGCAAGUGAAAAACAGCAGUCUUCUCUCAUUUGAUGAUGAGGAAAAUGAUGAUUAGGGGUUGUAUUUUUUUAUAUUUUACUUGCCCUUCUAGAGACCUGAAUAACACUGAGGGCUUUCAUAGAAAUUGAAGCAUGGUGUCUUGAGUCUUUUCUUACUUUGUUAUAGUCCAACUAGAGAAAUAUAGUAUAAAAUCAGCAAGAGCUAAGUCUUUGCAGUUAGUUGGAACUGUAUGUCAUGUCUUUAUUUUAAAAGAGAAUUUAACCAUGUGUGUAAAAGCUAUUUGAGGUCACAAAUGAGUAGCAAAAUAUACCUGUAUAUAUUCAGCUUAUAAAUUUUCAAUCAAUACAUUUUAAAAUGCCCUCCAUUAGUAAAAUGUAUUUUYCCUGUAUUGAAUAGGCUUAUUUGGCAUUUGUGUGGUUUUCACCUGUUAUUGGUGAAAUUCAAAAGAGAGACACUUCAUUGCUGUGGAACAGAGACUGGAGUUUUCUGGCUCAUAGCUUAACUAAAGUUUGCACAAGCUUUGCAUUCUGUGGUUUGCAAGAUUAGCCUUGCAGUAAAUGAGGCUGCAGUUGUUAAAGUCAUGUAGUCUUGAUCCUGUCUUAGGUUGUAAUAGUAAGGUAUAAAGAUUUUGAUUCCAGUUGAUGGUAUCAACUAAUGCAAAACAAGCUUAAACCGUUGGAGAUUGUGCACUUCGGUUUUGGCACUGAUGGGCUCAGUGGUUUGGUGGUGUUUGGGUUUUUUUUUUAAAGUAUAUUUGUUCCAGUUGACUACCUAUGUGUUUGUAAUUAUUUGGGAUCUCAGACAGCUUGCUUUUAAAAAUGCAUUUAAUCUUUAAGCUGUGGAAAACCAUUAGUUUGGUUUUCUUCAAGUAGGAAGCUGUAAAUAGGAAAUUUAAGUCAAGAAACACUAUAACUGUGUGUGUCUUAGUUUAAGACAAUUUCUAGGGCUGACAUUCCAAAAUGAGUUACUGCCCCAUUUAGUUUUAACCACUCCCCUUUCACCAAUAGGGAGAGAUGAAUGCAAGAACAUAAAAGUGAAAAAGAAACAGUUUACUAAAAAAUGAAACAGCAAUAGGCAACAGUAGUAAUCUCUAAAUACAAAGGUGCAAAAUCCCAUGGACUGCCUGGGAACAAAGAAAACAAGAUGGCAGAGGAGCCCCUCCCCGAAAAUGGUGGCCUCCAUAGAAGACCAUGUGGUCCAGAGGACAAAGACAAACUGGCUGAGAAACCCCUUCUCCCAACCAUCUGGUGGACAGAACAAAGGAAAAAGAAACCUCAAUAGUAUCAGAACUCUGUAAUUUUGAAAGUCCCUCUUCCCCUAACCACGACUAACAGGGAACAAGGACAAAACCUAAAGAAACCUGGACUCCAAAACCCGUCAAAUGCUGUCGAACCAUUUGCUCCACAUCACCUGAUAGAGUCUCUCUCCCAGUGGCAGCAGCUCCAUUGACAGUGGCAGCUGGAACUGGUCAGCAGCUGGAACUCAUGGAGGGACUUGGCCUCCUCCUCAGCAGAAGAUGAGAGGCAGAUGRCUGGGGCAACCUGGACUCUGCUCCCUCCUACUUCAGCUGAGCACUGCUGGUGGGCUGGAGUGACCAUAUGGAACAGGGGCUGUUCUGUUUUUCCCAUUUUGGUUCCAUGGCUGGCCAUCCCGGGUGACAGCAAUGAAAAUGAAAGGAGGAAAAGGUCUAAAGAAAAUGUCCUCAUUGGCCCAGAGACCCAGACAAACCGGAGCUUCUGCCUUGCGCUGCCUCAGCUUCUCAGUAGCCAAUGGAAACAAAAGAAAGGCCUGUCCAAGUGUUGUCCUGCUUUUAAAGGGAUCCUGGCACUUCCUGCCUCUGCAAACCCUGGGCAAGACCCUCCUGUUCUUCUGAUCCCCAGGUCUUAAAGGGGGAGCAACAACCUUGGGCAGAUGGGCAUAGAAAGAAAGUGACCAUUUCAGCACCUUUUAUGUAACAGGAUGUGCUGAAAUUCAACAUGACACUGAGACCUGAUGGGAUUUGGCAGAACAAGGUGGUAGAAACAUGACUAGUGACUUUGAAAUGAUUUGGAUGUGUGAUGUGUUCUGUAACCAGUUCUGCUCUGUGACAGGGCAUUUGAAAUUAUUUGGCCUGUAAAGCUUCRUUGAGGAGCAAAUUUCAAGUUGCUGUGUGAAACAGCUGGUUUUAGUUUGUUCAUGUGGUAUUAAACAAUAAAUUAUGUUUUCUUUUACGUA